CAACGCCUCUGCGAAUAAACCUCACUCUCCCCCCUCCUCGUCUUCCUCACUCUUGCUCUUUGUUACUGAAGGCACCAUAAUCGCUCUCCUCUCCAUCUCAGAAACUCUCUCAGUGAGGACUUGAACCCUGGACCUUCUACUUGGAUGCUGAGGAAGUUUCAUUAGGUUAGGUCGUUAGUUUAAUAAUCUUUUAUUAAUUGUAUUAUUUAGUAGAUUGCCACCAUAGUGAAUUUAACUACAAAAAUCCGAAUUGACUGUCAGAUAUUGAAGUUUCUUUUCUUCAAUUUUGUAAAAUUAUUCUUUUUCAGAGUUUCAUUGUAUGCCUCUUUAAUUUAAUUCCUCUAUAAUUUCUUUUGUAUAUCUUAUUUAUUUUUAUAAAUUGGUGCCAUGGUGUUUUUCCUCCAUUCAAUUGGCACUAAUUUUCUUGUAGGAUUUUGUUAAGUGACUUUGUUGACCAUUCAAUUCCUAUCUUUACUACGUAUGUAUUUUAUCAGGUACUACAGUUAUAUUAUUACCCAUAUUCAUAAGUGUGCCAUCUACUUCCUUAAUAUUUAUUUCAUGUAUCUCCUAUGUCCUACUUAUAAUUUUUUUCUAUAGGAUAUUCUGUAAUUAGUAAUUGUUGUAAGUAAUUUUUUCAUUUUUCUAAUUGGUUAUUCUCUUUAACCAAAUUCAUUUGACUUACAUCCUUAAUGUAUAUAACUUGAUCCAUAUCUCUAGUCACACACAUACACAUUCCUUUUAUCCUUUUUUUUUUUAUUAUUAUUUUUUAUAUUAGUUUAAAUGUAAAAGGUUCGGUCGAGGUUUAUUGCUGGGUGAAUCUUUAUAAAAGCACAAUUCAGUUUCAGCAGUUAGGACUCAACUACAAAGCAGUGGAAUAUAGAACCAGUGAACCACUUCAUCUAGUCAUAGCCACUAUGACCAUCAAAACCCUCUAAAACUUUCUUGUUUUGGUAAUAAAAGACUUACUUGAGUACCUAUACCACUCUUAUCUUUUAAAUUCUCUUUUGCUUCUCUUUUCUUUUCAAUUUGUCAUCGUGGUCAUUGUUGUAUAAUAUUUUUGUGUAUUUUUUUCCUUUCUGUUCUUUGAAUGUGAUAUAUUAUUUGGAGCUUUAAUUAUAUAUGUGUUCGUGUGCGCGCGCGCGCGCGUGUGAGUAUACGCAUGUGUACUAUGUGAACACAAGUCCAUGAGUUUGAUGGGUGUUUCAAUUAUGUUACCAAAGAAUCAUUGGUUCACAUAGGUAAGGUUUACACUCAAUGAACAAAUUUUUUUAGAAAAAUUUUAAAAUUUUAGUAUUAGAUAGUUUAUUUCAUUACUUUGUAAUUGUUGAUAUUAAUUAUGUACGCACACUGUUGUUGUUGUUGUUUAUGAUUAUGAAUGGUUAUUUUGUCACCAAUGGCCAAAUUCUGCCAGCACAAGGGAACUUAAUUUCUUCAACCCUUGAAAAUCAGAAUGGCCUCUUGCAAAAGAUUUGACUGAAAAAAAUUCACUUAUCAAAAAAAAAAGAAAAAAAAAAAAGAAUGGUUGUUUUGCACAAAAGGUUUAGAUGUGAGGUGAGUGUAGGACAAUUCUUAAACCUGGAUACAAUGAAAUUUCAUAAACUGAACAUCAGCAGUUGUUGGCUUGAGUGGUAUUUUCUGCCAUUUCCAAAAGGGGAGGUGCAAUGUCUUAUCAAGUAGAAAUUGAGAAGCCUCACAAGGGUUCAAUAUUAUGUUUGGAAUUUAUGGGGAGUUUGAUGUUGGUCAACUAAGAAACUUGAAUGGUUGAAAUGCAUAUAUUGGGAUUAGUGAUUAGAAAAAAAGAAGAAGAAAUUUUAGGAUUAGAAAUGAAUAUGUUUGUAAGAAAAUGGGGUUAGCACCAAGUGCAAGAUUAGAGAACAUAUAUCAAAAUGGUGUAUCCAUGUGCAUUGAAACUAAUGACUAUCAGUGAGUGACACACUACAAUUGAAGCUGUUGCAUGGAUUAGGGGAAGAACAAAAAGGAUUUUCGGUUAUGCACAUAUAAAAUACAUGUUUUCAUGUGAUUUAUUUUCAAGGCUAUAAUAUGGAGUGAAAUGGCAAAACACGAUUCAUGUAGUUUAACUUAAAGUAGUUGGACAGAGGUUUUAUUGAGUUGAAAUAUCUCCUCCUCCUCCUCCUCUCUCUCUUUUUUAUUUUUUUUAAAUAAUCCCUUUCAAGUGCUGUAGAAUGUUUUUCUAAUGUACAGACAAGGAGAAAUGAUUAAGCAGUUUGUUGGAACAACGAUCAAAAUGAUGUAGCCAUGUGUGUUGACACUGAUAACUAUCAGUGAGGAGUGACGUGAUCCAAUUAAAGCUGUUGCAUGGAACAGGGGAAUUAUAAAAAGGAAUCCGGGUGAUACAAAGAUAAAACAUGUUGGCAUUUGAUUUAUUUGCAAGGCUCGAUAUGGAGUGGAAUGAUAAAACAGGAUUAAUGCAGUUGACUUCAAGUAGUUGGACAAAGGUUUUAUCUAGUUGAAAUAAGGAGAUUUGUCUGUUACCUUUUUAAAUCCCUUCCAAAGUGAUGUAGAAUGUUUUUUUAAUGUAUAGAUAAGGAAAAAUGAUCAAGCAAUUUGCUGGAACUCAGAUAACAGAAGGAUAGUAGAUAGUAUUGAAACCUGACAGCUAAGUUUUAAAGAUCGGAAGUGAUAUGUAUGUUUUCACUCAUUGUGCAUAUGGUUCAAUAAGAUCAGGAGAUUCCAACUGCAAUUGCACAGGGAACUCAUUACAGUUUGUGUUCUGAUUGUUAUUUAUGUUGAUUUUAUAGUAACCAUCCUGUUUGUGUUGAAUGUCCGGAUAUCGGCAUAAAGUUUAUUUUCAGUUCAGUUGCUCAAGCACCAGAGUGCGCUGGCUCUUAUUACUAGAAGCCAGGUAGGAGGGGUUACAGUUUGUAUUUUUUCACUCUUGUUGCAGUUUCUGGCAGACAGAGCUUUUCUUUAUCAAUAUAGUCAAUCAAAGCCCUGAAAAUUGGAAAACCAGGACAGAUUGAUUGACAGAUCUAUGGAUUUUGAAGCUUUUGAAAGAGUGGUUUCUGGCUCCAGCAAGCCUUCUGCUUCAGCCCUUCCAUGGAUUUGGGUCAUUGAAACCCUAGCAAGCUUCAAGCAAGUAGAUGCAUCAGUUUUAAUUGAUUUGAUUAGAAGUACUCCUGAGAUCUGUAAUGAUCUAGGGAAAAAUGCAAGGGAAAUGGUCUCUUUGAGAAUUUUGGAGAGUUUCGUUGCUCAAAGAAAUACAGUGACAAGUGAUGUUUCUUCUUCCUUCGACUCCACAAUUGGGUUUGAUCCAUCAGACAACUGUGAAGAUGUCCUUCGGCACAUACUUUGCGAGAUAUCUGCAUCAAAUUCGAAAAUAAUUGGGCCAGAGCUGUUGAAAUGGGAUAUCGAGCCCUUUAUUAUGCAUAAAAGAGUUUGCUUACCGAAAUGUGCUUUACAACAGCUGAAGGAUGCAAUUAUGGAGGGGAGCAAUCCAAUUUUUGCAUUCUUGAAGGAAAGAUAUGGUUUGGCAGUUAGAAAUCAAUCUGAAAAUAGAGUGCCUGUGGAUGAUGCCGAACUAAAUGCUGUUGCAAGGAGACUUGAGGGGAGCGGCACCAAUGGCCAAAUUCUGCCAGCACAAGGGAACUUAAUUUCUUCAACCCUUGAAAAUCAGAAUGGCCUCUUGCAAGAAGAUUUGACUGAAAAAAAUUCGCUACCCUCUAAGAGGGAAAAUUUUGAAGCCCAAUUCCAUGAAGAACAAAUCAGUGUGGAAAAUGGUCACUUGCAUGUUGCCAAGAAGCUUAAACAUGAUGUCUUUUGUACCAGUACAGCCAUUGUUCAUAACUCAGUUCUUCACGAAAAAAGGGAUUUAGAAGGUUCGCCUGGGAUAGUUGGACAACAGACUGGAAGACAAGGGAGGGACUUGGCAAAAGGAUCUCAAGUGGGAAGCUUGGAAAGAAGCUGUUUCUCAGAGGAUGGCCAUGAUGAGCAUACUGCAUUAAAGAGACUUUCACGGAGCAAAGAUGCCGAUGUAACCCACAGUGAUAAUUUCCUGAACAAUCAUGUACAAACUUCUCAUAGUGAUAAUGAAAUGACUCGAGAUAUAUCUGUAGAUGACAAGGAUGACAAUGAGCAUUGUGCUCAAACUAGAACAUUGAACAGUUCACCCCAUCAUAAACUUUCCAUUGAUGAAGCCAGAGGGAACCGUCUGCGUGGUUCUCAACCGAGUACAUCAAAUGGUGCACCUCCAGAUGGAUCCCACUGGAAAUUUUUUGCUGAUGAAACGAAAGAUGACAUGGAGCAUAAUCGUGAAUACGAAAUGUCUUGUGAUAGUGAUGAGUCUCAUGAUGAGAAGAUUGAUAUUUCCAAGAAGAAGCAUAUUUUCUUGAGCUCCCAAUGCUCAUUCAGUCAAGAUUCGUUGGCUGCAGCUGACUGCACGGAACUGAAUUUUUGCAUGAAGUGUAACAAAAGUGGUCAGUUGUUGGCUUGUAGUGCAAGUACCUGCCCAUUAGUGGUUCAUGAGAGCUGUUUGGGCUCCACAGCCAGUUUUGAUGAUGGGGGGAACUUUUACUGCCCCUUCUGUGCAUAUUCUCGUGCAAUUACGGAGUACCUUAAAGUGAAGGAAAAUGUGUCUUUGUCAAGGAAAGAUCUGGCUGCUUUUACUGGCUCGAGGAAUGAACAUGGACUGAAGGAGCUUUCUAUAAGAUCAAGGUCGGAGCAAAGCCAACAAAGACAAGAUGAAGAUGUGAAUGGAAACAAUGAACCAAACUACAAUGGGAAUAAUGCAAAUAAAGUCUAUAAUUCCCAAUGUAGGAAAAAUAUAGGAGAUAAGCCUCAUGCAGAACGUUCAACAUCAUGUUCUAAUGACAACCUACCUUGUGGACAAGGAGGAGCAACCAUUAUCAGUGGAACACCGCCUCUCAUAGCAAAAGAUAACAGGGAGGGAGAAAAGAUGGGGCAGGAGUGCCGACCUGUGAGAGUGCUAGAAGGAGAACAUAUAAUACUACAAUCUGAUCAUAAGCAUGAUGGUGAUAAUUCAUCCCGCAGACACACAGAGACAGUCCAUGUGAGUGUGACACAUACUGAAGUUGGCCUGCAGCAGGAUGCUUUACAACAACAUGUUUCUGGCUCACCUCCCGAAGCUGCUUGUCCAACCAAUGUUAAUGCAGAGGAAAGUUUUGAAGCUGAUGAUGAUAAGUCCAUUGGUUCUAAGCAGUACACUUACCAAGCAAUCCCUCAAUUGAGACGAAAGAAAGUUCCAUGGACACCAAUAGAGGAAGAGAUACUAAAGGAGGGAUUCCGGAGAUAUUCAAGUAAUAGCAAAAAUAUUCCCUGGAAAAAGAUUUUGGACUUUGGAGUUCAUGUGUUUCAGAAAGGUCGCACGGCGAUGGACCUAAAGGAUAAAUGGAGAAACAUUUGUAGAAGCCCAAAAUCAAAAUGAUUUUUUUCUUUUCUUUUUUUUCUUUUUCUUUUUCUUUUUUCUUCUUUCUUUUGUUAACCAAGGUUGUAAAGGGGAGCUUGUAGCUGAGUAUGUCCUUAGUGAAAGGACUAAAUUAUUAUGAUGUUUUGGGCUGUGUUGUGAAAUCAUUUUAGCAAGAGAGAAAGAAAGUGGAAGGGGUAGAUGACAUGUUUGGUAGUUCAGAAACUUUCGAUGAAGACAUUUGUGAGUCGGGGGGAGAGAACACGUGUAGUUGAAGCUUGGAUGAAAGAACUUCAAAUGCCAUAUCCGGAGGUCUGGAUGAUUGGUUGGGCUGAUUGGCAUGACACCGGGCAAAAUUCAAAGCUUGGAUUCAAUUGUGGAAUACAACCUCUGUGCUCAUUUGAUGCAUCGUCUGACUACUCCAACUUUCAAGUUUGCACGCUUCUAUUGCUAACCGAUGGUUGGAGGGAGAGCGGAGCCUUCCAGAUACCAUAUUCGAUUAAUGUUCUUGUAUUUCAUGUUCUGUUUUGGGUAUUUUCGUCAUCCUGGGUGGUUGGUAAACCAUCAGAAUCCCAUUUUAUUAAUGUCCUGGUGGUUGCUCUUGUACAGUCAAAUUUGUUUCAAGAGCUUUUGGCUUUUUUUUUAAUGCUUUUGUUUGGCUGUCUUGGGGUUUUUUUUUU